AUGCGCCCAAGGGUUACUUUGCUCCUGCUAGAUCCAGGACCAGGUACCUGCACUGGAAGCAUGGGACAGUUCCAUGCUGAACCAAUGAGGGGAUGGGAAUUAACAGGGUUAACUCUUACAAGUUGGAGCAAACUGGAAGAGUCCCAUAUUUUGAAGGAGGUGCUCUUUGAGGAGGAACAGCUGCUGAAGGGCUCUCCAGCCCUCCAGAGCGGGCCUCGGAGCACUGGCCUGGGCCGUGUGUACCAUGGCCCUCCGUGCAUCUGUGCAUCUGUCCUUGCCGGUGCCUGUCUGUCCGGCAGUCCGUGGCCAGCCACCUGCAGCCUGACCUGGCAGGGCCUCAGGGAGCCGGUGGGGAGGGCCUCUCUCUCCCGAUCCACCGGCACCACGUGGGUUCGUCGGUUUGAGCAGAGAUCAGGAGCCAGCCGGGCCAAAGAUGAAAUCAAGAAGGUCAUGGCGCCUAUCGAGAACGUGUGCAAAUGGGAGAAGAAAUGGGUGACCGUGGGUGACACAUCCCUGCGAAUCUACAAGUGGGUCCCAGUAACGGAGCCAAAGGUUGACGAUAAAAAUAAGAACAAGAAAAAGGGCAAAGAUGAGAAAUGCAGCUCAGAGGUGAUCACUUCGGAGAACAGCUCCUCCCCGGGAACGGUGGACAGGCAGGACGGUAACAGCAACCAGAGCUCCAUCGCAGACGCCUCCCCCAUCAAACAGAACAGCAGCAACUCGAGCCCGGCCCCGGAGCCCACCUCAGCUGCACCCUCCAAAGCCAAGGUGGACGAGGUCCAGGCCGAUGGGAAGGACCACCCCGGGGCUGCGGACGCUAAUGACGAGCAGAAUUCACAGUCUUCGAUGCAAAACUCGAAGAGUUCAGAGAAAGUAGAAAAGCAGUCAUCUGGAGAUGCGGGUCUAGCUGCAGAGAUGCCGUCAAUCUCAGGAUUUCGGAGUGCCGCCGUCUAA